AUGCAAGAAAAUUAUGAAGUUUAAAAUAUUUAAAACAAUAACAAUAACAAUAACAAUUAAUAAGACAACUAAAAUGUCGAAAUAAAUCUUUAGAAUAUUGCCAUAUAAAUUGGAGCAAGAAGAAACUCUUAAAAUAAUAACUUUAGCAAUGACGAAAUAUUGAUUGUAAAAGAAAUUUGUUUUCUGUUUUUUUGUGUAGGUGUUGAGGAAAUAGCAAUACUCGAGUUCGUAUAAAUUAGCGGGGUUAGCUAAUUUAUCCCAUUAGGAUUGUUAGGCAGCUAUCCACUCUAUAAAUUUUUAAAAUCUAUCUUCUCGAAAGACUGUGAAUGCCAGUCACAAUCUGUUUAUAUAGUAGACUCAUUUCUAGAGUGUCUUUCUGUUCUUUUAAUUUGCUUAUACUUUAAAUAUUAUUCUUUCUACUUCAGUUUUAUAUGCAUUCCUAUGUUUAUAUCCUUGUUGCUCAAGUUAGAUGAAGUGAAAGUUGAAGGAAAUGGUGAAUAAAAAGACUUUAUUCACUUUUGCAAAAUAGUAGGAUUUAUUAUUUAUGCUGCAAUAUGGGUUUAACUCUUGCAAUUUAGUCUUAAAAUGGAUUUCUUUAUUUAAAUGUAAUGGUAAGCAUUACUAUGGCCAUUUUGGGUGAUAUUUGCCUUAAUAUCACUUUUUAUCAUAUUUUUUUUGUAUGAAACUAUGAAAUUUACUGCUAUUAGCCACAAAACACAUUCUCAUAAAAAAGAAUUAUUAGGAUUUUUUAUUAUUUUUUUGGUGCUAUCGCUUUUCGCUACAAGUCUACUUCUAACAUCAUUAAAAGCAUUGAACUAUCUCUAAGAUCCUUCAAAACUAUAUUAAGAUAGCUAUAGCCUAGUAUUUUGCUUUGCUGCCACACCACUUAUUUCUCUCUUAAUUUUAACAUUUAAGGGAGUAAUCACAGAAACAAUAAAAUUCAUAUUAUUUUAUGGUGAAAAUUCUUCUUUAGAUAAUCAAAUUCAUCAACAACAAGAUGGGUAGCAAAUAUAAAGAGAAAUUCCUGGCUUAGAAUUAUUUGAGUAAAAAUUUGUUGGUGAUGUAAUAAAGUUGAACAUAAACUAGAAAAAAAACCCAAUAUAUUUAUAAAAAUAAUCAGCUACUUUUUUCUCAAAGUCGAUAAAUAUAAAUAAAAACAGAAAUGAAAGCAACUCAAAGUAAAAGGAAUUGCUAAAAGAAUUUAAAUGCUCAAUAAAAAAAUCUGUUUCAGUUGAUAUUUAAAAAGAAGAGCUAAGAAAAAUAUCAUAGGCUGCAAGACACUUACUUGGACCAACAAUUCCUACAUUGGAGACAGAUAUUGCAGAAAAUAAAGCAACAAUAAACCAAAUUCCCUUUAAAUUUCCAGUUCUAUCAAAUAGACUAAAAAUUGAAAAUAAUUUAGAAAAAAUUGAGUAGAAUCAAUUUUUAAACAAUUAAGAAAUAUAACUUAGCAAAGAUUUUCAUGAUAUAUUUAGUGAAAAAAACAUAAACGGUACACAUAGAAAAUCCGAAAGUUGUGCUUUCAGGAAAGAAGAUAUCAAACGAAAUAUCUAUGAUAAUUCCUAAAAAUAAGAAGAAGAAAGUAAAAAUACAAGCAUUCAAAAUUGUCUGGUUUGCUUUGAAAACUAACCAGACACAGUUUUUAUGAACUGUGGACAUGGAGGAAUAUGCUAUGAAUGUGCUCUUUUAAUAUGGAAAAACACAUAAGAAUGCUACUUAUGCAGAUAGAAAGUUGAGUAAUUAUAUCAGCUAGAAUACAACUCUGAUAAUAAAGAUAAUGUUAUGAAAGUAUUAUCUAAAACUAUUUAAGCUAAUUAGUUAUGUUGA